AUGAGUGCUGAAACAUUGAUCCAACCUGAGAAUGCACUACCGGAAGGGGCGCUGCGGGCUCCUGGGACGCUGGUGACGAUUCUUGCGAGCACUUUCCUACCGGCUUCGCUGGCAGUAGGGUGCCUCAGCAUGAAUACCCGUUUCGCAAAGCUUGGUGGUAUGUUAUUUGAUUUGCUGGGUGUCAUCGUCUUGAUCGGCGGGUUCGCCGUUGUGUCGGUUGCCGUGAUCCGGAUCUGGAUUCGUGCGCGCUCUCAUGGGCCAUGGAAGACGAAAACACAGCGCGCCAGAUCGGUCAAAUCCAAGGCGCGAGUGUGGAUCAUCGUCUCCUGUCUCUAUCUGUUGGUCACGGCAUCAUUCUUGAUCAUCAUAUUGGGUAAUUACCUCGUGGGUGGUGUUACGCUUGGUGUAACGGCAGCUGUGUCUUUGGUUGGCUUUGCUUUAUAUCUCCUUCGUUAG